GUCCAUCGUAAACAUUGCCUCACACCAAAGUCAAACUACAUGAUGGGCUCUUGAGGCACGUGCAGCAACGCCUCGCUAAACACCCCUGGCGCCGUUCCUCUCCGUCGGCCAGGGAUCAGACGGGCCUCGAACGGCCGCCAAGAUGAAUUUGAGAAGGCCUCGUCUUGCUGCUUAAAGCAGAAGCGUGGUGUGAGAGGAAAUGAACGCCUCGGUGAUCAGCGAUCUGCAGACCGCCAUUGUGAACACAGAUCCAGCGGGCGUGAGGCGACUCUUGGACCACCAUGGCCACGCUAUCAAGGACCGCCCGUCCUGCGAUAAGGACGGCUGGUCUCCCCUACACGUGCUCGCCAAAUCGGGUGACGACUUUAUGAACUGCGAGUGUAUGAAAGAAAACGUGGUCGACGCAGACGGUUCGAAGGGGAGACUCAUCAGUUCGCCGAGCUGCGACGUGAGAGCGCCGUUGCAAAGCGAACAUACAUUGGCAACCUAUAAUUCCGUGAUAUACAAUACAAGACAAAAUGCUCUGCAAACUACAGAUAACGGGAGAGCACCCACCCACCCGCCUUGGUCGUGGGCGUGGGCGUGCGACCCAUCCCUCGAGAGGCACCAUCGCGCCCGCAUGGCCAUCGUGUACAUGUUAUGCGAUGCGGGCGUGGAUGUGAAUGGGCGGGACGCUUCUGGCCUCACGCCUCUCCAUUAUGCUGCCAGGAGAGGAGACGCGGCUGUGUGCGACGUGCUGCUGCAGUGUGGCGCUGACCUCUAUGCCGCCCACGAUGGACUCGCUCUCUGGGAUGAAGUGGAGUUGAUGGCACAGGCGGAGGUCAAGGAGAAGAGGCUGAACCAGAUCAACCACAACGGCCAGCCCGCAGAGGCGAGAGCCCCGCCGCCGACCCCCGCGAGGACGACUACGAGCAGGAGGGCGACCCCUACGAGCACGACCCCAACUUCGCCGCUUCCGUCCACGACCCCCUCGACUACCCCUCGAGCGGCAGUUCCGACGCGCUGGAGGACGACCCGCGACGCCCUCCGCUGGGUCCUGCAGGGGCGGUGUGGAGGGUCUUCCGCUUCUACUGGCCGGGGCUGUGGCGCGCCGUGGCUUCGCAGGACAUCAGCAAGCCCAUUACCUUCCCCACUCCGCGAAGGAAAACACAAACUGACAGUUAUAACACAAAUUAUCACAUUUACAACACUGAGAGUUCCUUCAGUUAUAACACAAGUUAUCACGUUUACAUCACUGAGUUAUCACGUUUACAUCACUGAGAGUUUAUCACAUUUACAACACUGA